AUGGAAACAAAUGAAGUCGGGGGAGUGCCAACAAUUAUUCAGGAAGAAUUAUCGGUCCAAAUUCCAAACGAAGACGUUCAAUCUGUUGUGAAGUUAAAUAAUGACCAGAUGAGUGCUUACAAUAUAAUUAUGAACGCCAUCCACCAAAAACAAUGUCAAAUUUUUUUUGUUGAUGGUCCUGGAGGGACAGGUAAAACCUUCCUUUAUCGAACUAUAAUGGCAAAUUUGAGGCGUAAUAAUGAAAUUGUCUUAGCAACAGCUUCCUCUGGUAUAGCUGCUACAUUAUUACUUGGUGGUAGAACUGCACACUCUCGAUUUGGGAUCCCCAUUGAUAUAGAGCCCCAUUCUAUUUGCAAAAUAGCAAAUAUUUAUGACCUUGACAAACUCAUUAGAAUAACCAGUGCAAUCAUCUGGGAUGAAGCACCCAUGAUAAAUAAAUAUUGUGUAGAAGCAUUGGAUCGAUCACUUCAAGACAUCAUGAAUAACAAUGCUCCAUUUGGUGGAAAAAUAAUGAUCAUGGGCGGAGAUUUUCGUCAGGUGCUACCAGUUAUUGAAAAAGGAAAUAGAGGACAAAUGAUUUCAGCAUGUAUUAUUAGGUCUCGAUUAUGGGCCACCGCAAAGGUCCUACAUUUGCGCCAAAACAUGCGAUCAAUUCAUGACCAUGACUUUGCGCAGUUUCUAAUGAGGAUUGGAGAUGGUAAUGAACCUACUAAAGAGGAUGACAUGGUCAGAAUGCCUGCUGAAAUUGUAAUACCUUGGGAAGGAGAAAGCUCCAUACAAAAGCUUAUACAACAUACAUUCCCCCAAUUAGAAAACCAUGGAUGGGAUGCUUCAUAUAUGGUGGAGAGAGUCAUACUUACUCCAAAAAAUUGUGAUGUGCAUAUGUUGAAUGACAUGAUUAUUGAUAAAUUCCCUGGAGAUGAAAAUAUUUUGUUAUCUUUUGAUGAGGUUGAGGGUGAUACUCAUAAUCUAUAUCAACAGGAAUACUUGCACACGAUUGCUCCUCGUGCUUUACCGCCACAUAUUUUAAAGAUAAAAAUAGGGGCUCCACUGAUGUUGUUGCGAAACAUAGACCCUAAAUUUGGGUUGUUGAUGCGUCCGCAAGUGCACGGAAAUAUCGAAUUAAUAUAA